AUGGAUGCGACUGCUGAUGCCAAACCCGAGCCGACAGACGCGGCUGCGUCGUCCAAAGUUUCAGAGCCUCAGGUGGCAGGCAAUCCAACUCUCGCAGGCGAGGAUGCCAAGCUCUCAUCCACCGAGCCAGCGACCCCGGCACCAAAGGCUGGCAAGAAAAGGGCUGCCGCAGAUGGCGGCGCGGCCACGAAAGCUGCAAAGCGACAGAAGGUGGAGCUCACGGUUGGUGACAAAGGCGUUUUCUUCACGACCGUGAACACAGGCGGUGCUGCUAAUGCGAAACGCGACCUUCAGAACCUGCUUGAGGAUGUGCAGGGGGCCGACGCGAAAAUGGCAAGGCAGGACGAGAACGCGCCUCCGGGCAAGCCGAAGUUUGUGCCUUGCACGGAGGCGGGAAAGGGUAGUGGACUUCUCAAGCUGGUCUCCGAUUCGCCGGAGCCCUCCAAGGUGGUGAGCCAGAUGCUGGAAGCCCAAAGAGCUGGCUUCCUGAGUACAGGCAUGGCUACCGCUUCGAGGCUAAUAUGCAGAGUUCUACCUCUGGAUAAUCUUUGUAAGCCGUUUCUGGAGGAUUUCCGCCAGCUGGCGCAGGCAGUCCUGCCUCCUCAUCUGGGCGCCGAUGUUGCCGCAACAACAUGGGCCUUGGAGUUCAAGGCCCGCAACACAAACACACUCAAGAAGGAGGCCGUCUUGGAAGUACUGGACGCCAUCAUUCCGAAGGGUCACCACAAGGUAAACCUCAACGACCCCGCUAAGUGCAUUCUUGUGGAGGUGCAACCUUCAUGGUGCGGCUUAAGUGUCGUGGAAAACUGGGCAAGAUUGAAGAAGUACAACCUCCAUGCCUUGACCACGCCAGAGGACAAUAAGACGAAAGUCAGCAACGCCGUGUUCGAGGAAGUCAAGAAACCCGAAGAGCCGAAUGCAAAAGCAGAG